CAACGAUAGUCUGUCAAAACGUUUGUUGAGGUUAUAGUCACAGGAAGAGUUGAGUAAAUUCCAGACAAGUAAAAGUCACGUGAUAAUGAACGACGUAAAGUGACGUCGUUGUGAGUUGUUUCAAAGACCUGUGAGACAGGAAGACAAAGCACAUGUGUACAGUAGUUCAUCUUCACCAGAGACGAUCUUUGGGCAGGAGAAAUGGCGUCGGAUAAUGGACUGGCUUCUCUGGGGGUGGAGGGAGCCUCGGCUGCUGCACACGCUCUGUCUCUUCCAGCAGAAGCUUAUGGAAAUGAUCCCCAGCUCGAGGUCAUAUGGGCGAUGAAGGCGUACAACCACGCAGAGGUUUACUUCAAUCUGAUUUCAUCUGUGGACCCAAAGUUCCUGAAGCUGACGAAGCUGGAUGAUAAAAUCUAUUCGUCCUUCAGAGAAAGCUUCAGCAAGCUCAACGUAAAGCUGCUGAAAGUGGACGACCUGAAGUCUGACGAGGCCAAAGAGAGGUGGCGUCCGUUCUGUAACCAGUUCGAAGGUGCAGUGGAAGAUUUCAACUACGGCACUCUGCUCCGCCUCGACUGUGAGAAGGACUACACCGAGGAGAACACCAUAUUUGCCACCAGAGUUCAGUUCUUUGCUAUCGAGAUCGCCCGCAACAGAGAAGGCUACAACGACACCGUGUACAACUCUAAAUGUGCAAAGAGCUAGCCUCAGAAGACACCAGUAACAAACCAGUAAGCAUCAUGUCCAGUCCACAGGAGCCCUGGACCUCCAGGAAACACAAAGAGCAGCAUGUUGUCUCCUGAGUAAGGAAGCACACUGUGUUCACCAAAGGAAAACAACUGUGUAAUUAUGACUUGGUAUCUCACGAGACCCUGAUUUCAUUAUCAGGACUUGCUGUUUUGUGAUUACGAGAAAAGACCCUGUAGUUUUUAGUUGAACACACGGAGCUUCAGUGGCUCAGGGUUCAUCUGUUUGUUUUAAAGUAAAAAGUUAUGUUUUUGUCUGAUUCUCAGUCUUUGUUCAACUCUUCAUUUUGUAUUUUACUGUAAAGAUUUAGUGCCAAUUGUCAGAAGUGGUUUAUUUUGUAAAGAGAUUUGUUUUCCUGAAAGAUGAAACAAAUAAAAGGUCAGAUCUG